UCGAUAUUACCUUACUGAUAUUUAAAGAAAUACUUAAUGUAAUAUGUGCAGUGACGGAUCCAAAAUUUUCAUUAAGGGUAUUCACCGAAAAAUAAAUGAAUAAAUUUAACUCAAAAUUUAUAAUUCAUAAAAUACAUCAAUUCAUCAUUUUUCACAGCGAACCCCGACGUCUUUUAUAUUUUGAGAAGUUUCUUUAAUACAUUAAUCACUUAUGUUGCGACUCGCACAUUUUUUAUUGAAAUAACUACACAAUCAUUCAUAAAUUGAUCCACCAUCUGAUUUCGAAGAUCCAUCUUAAUGAAUUUCAUUGUUGAAAAAGUAAUCUCAACACUUGUAGUGCAAUAGGCAAAAUCAACAUUGAAGUCAGAAGUAGGUAUACCAAAGGAUAAUAAUUAUCCUUUCGUGUCUCCGCCAUUUAUCUAACUAGCUCAUCGGUUCUUCACAAAUCUUUGAAUGACUCAUAGAGCAUGAUAGAUAUACCCCAUGAGUUGUUAAGAUUAAUAGGCUAUGAGUUACUUCUGGGUGCUUGCAUAUGUUUGCUUUGUAUUAUUCAACGAAAAUCUUAUAUGAAAUAAUUGUAAGGGUUGUCAAAUUAGAGAGUGUGCAUAUACUACCAAAAACAAUUCCAGCUUAAUAUUUGGUCCAACUUAUUAAGUAAGGUUUGUCAAUUGACAAGGGUCAAGAAAAAGUGGGUCCGCCCUUGAAUAUAUGAUGCAUGUUUUGUUAUUUAGAAGAAUAGAUGAUAUGUGCAGGUAAGCGUGACAUGAUUUAGUUAUGUUUGGUUUUUUUUUUGGGUAUAGACAGAUACGUCGUGAAACAUGGAGGAUCUCUUAUAUGAAUUGUGACUAUCAAUUCGAGAUGCAUAUGAGACAUUAUUUAGGCAAGUAUUAAGAGGGAACGUAAAGAGAGAGUGUGUAUGAAAAUAUGUUAAGGUCGAUUAUCUCUAAGAGGGAGAAUUAAAUAUAUUUUUUAGGGCUUGAAGGCCUUAUUCUACAAGAAGGGGACUAAUUAGGCAUAUGAAUCUCUGUUCAACGAGUUUGGAGUCGAAGGUGUUAGUGAACCACAAUCCUACAUCAAAUGUUUACAUAUGCAAUGCGAAUAAAAAAUAUUGAGGAUCGCUUGAAAGUGAUUCUUGAGUGGACUCAGAUUCCGUCCUAUGAGGAAGAAGAGAGGGCGCUGAAGAUUGAAUUAAACAAACUUUGGAUAGAAGAAGAAAUCUUUUGGAGGCAACGCUCGAGAGUUUAUUGGCUCGAUAAGGGGCACAAAAAUGCGAGAUUCUUCCAUACCUCCAUUAUUCAAAGAAGCCUCAGAAACACGUUUGUCAAGCUCUUAGAUGGAGGGAACAACUAGAUCAAAGAGAAAGCCCCCCUCCAAGAUUAUAUGAUAAAGUUCUACAUUGACCUGUUCAAAAAAAGGGAGGAGAGCUUCAACUUUGAUUUAAUUCGCGAGAUUCCUUGUCUGGUGGAAGAUCACAUCAACCUUGCACUUUGCAAGCCUAUUGAUGACAUUGAAAUCAAGGAAGCAGUUUUUGACUUGGGAUCUUCUAAGUCAUCUAAGCCAUAUGGCUUCUCUGAGAUACUCUGCAGAAGAUAUUGGGAUAUUGUGGGUCUGCAGCUUUGUGAUGAAAUUAAAAUUUUAUUCUCUGAAUGGAAGAUGGAGCCAGGAUGGAAUGAUACUCAUCUGGUGCUUACUCCCAAAAUCCUUAACCCUGAAAGAAUCUCACAAUUCAGACCUAUAGUUGCUGCAAUUUUAUAUACAAAGUGAUCUCUAAAAUCACGACAACAAGACUGAAGGAGUGGAUCCCGAAGCUUGUAUCUGAAAUGCAAUCGGCUUUCGUGGGAGGUAGAGCUAUCCAAGACAACAUUAUUAUUCUGAAUGAGGUGAUGCACCACUUCAAAACAAGAACAAAAGGGGAUACUGGGAUAUGAUGUUAAAACUCCACAUGAAAAAGGCAUUUGACAUGGUUGGAUGGGAUUAUCUUGAUGAAAUCCUAAAAGCUAUGGGGUUCUCACAUCAACGGUGCUAAUGGGUGAAAAUUUGUAUUCGAUCUGUGAGGUUCUCGGUAUUGUGCAAUAGCCAACCUACGCCAUUCUUUCAGCCAUCCAGAGGCAUCCGUCAGGGAGAUUCUCUUUCUCCUCUUCUCUUUAUCUUACUGACUAAUGCUUUAUCAUUCCUUAUCAAUAAGAAUGUGGCCAAUGAUAGUAUCCAUGGAGUGACUCUGAAUCCCUUUUGUCCUAGACUCACGCAUGCUCUGUUUGGAGAUGACACGAUCCUGUUUGGUAAAGCCUUAACGUCAGAAGCAAUCACUUUAAAAAAUGAUCGAGGACUGACGGAGCAUGAUGGGACAAUUGAUUAAUAAUGAUAAAUAAGCUAUCACCUUUAGCUCAAAUGUUCAUGAGACCCUCAAGAGUCUGUUGGCGGAUUUCAUGAGCAUUCCACGUUCUGCGGGAAUGGGCAAAUAUCUGGGUGUCCCAACUAAAUGGGGGAGGUCCAAAAGAGAAGUCUUUUUGACUUGUUCUACCUACAACAUCCCAAUCGACGACCAAGUAUAACCGCCGAUCGGGUGUAGCAUAGGGCAAGCAAGCAAUACGAAUUUAUCGUACCACGGGGAUCUAGGCUUACCCUACUUCAGGUUUAGGGUUCGUUAUCUAGCCAACCUAGGAUAGUGAUUGAUAGAAUUAAACUAACUAACCUAGACUAACCACUAACCUAGCUAUUUACAAGGUUGGGAGCUCUCUUGGUUGAAUCGUCCUAGGUCCGUUCUUUGGAUCGAUGUUGGGUAUCCUCCUAGCUUGAAAGACUCAAAUGCACUACCGUUUGGAGAUGGACUCCCUCGGGAAUGACUCGGAAUGGCGAAUCGAUGGAUGGGUAGUGCUCUAUUCAACCUAGAGUUUCGUAUAAUGCUAGGAGACCGGUCGAAUCAACUCCCUCGGGGACUACCCAGACAAUAUACGAUAGGAGUGACCCGAAGACGCCAAAAGCGGGCUCUUAGGGGAUUAUCUCCCUCCCAGGUCAAAAGCUCAAUACAUGAAAAUGGAAACCCAACUCAUGCCAUUCAUGAAAACGUCCAUCAAUUAAGUAAAAUCAUCAAUCGAUCAUGGAGUUUGUCACAUACAUCAACAUUAAACCCAAAUCUAGACCUAGGAUUCUUAAACCCAAGAGAAGAUGGUGAGUUUUUAGAGAGAGAGAGAGAGAGAGAGGAGAGAGAUUACAAAGAAACCUCUAGAUCUUCAUCAUCUUCUUCUAGGCUUGAUUCCUAGCUUCCAAGCUUGAUCAAUGCCUUCAAUUAAGCUCCAGGAUCACUCUCUCUCUCUCUCACACACUAGAACUCCCCUUUGGUGUUUUGGGUAGAAACCCUAGAGAAAGAAAGUGUUCCUUCUCCAAAAGCCAUCCCCCUCUUCUCUCUCCCCGCUGUUGUCUUGAUAUUUGCCCGAAAGUGACCCGUUCACGGCCGCAUUGGCCAGUUCACGGCUGUGAACACCUAAACGUGUCUGUGAACUCAGUGUUGUCUCCAAAACGCAUCUCUUCACUCUCCUGGGUUCACGGUUUGUACUCCAAGUUCACGAUCUUAGAGACUGUGAACUCCCUUGGCCUUAGUAACUGCUGGAACCUCGCUGGACGCCUCGAUAUUCAUGGUUUGUGGUUUCAGUUCACGGCCUCAGAGACCGUGAACUCCAAUGCCAGGUCGUGAAGUGCAGUUGCUUCCUGGACGCCUGCGCUUCACUGUUACGGGGCAAUUGUCACGGUCGUCCUCGACCCUUCCACGCGUGCUAGGACCCAAAAUAUAUAUAAACAAGCACAACCUAGCGUGAAAUAUGUCGAGGGAUGAUGAAAUGCAAAGCCAAACUAUCAAGAAAUGAGGGGUAAAAUGUGUAUAAUUAGACCCGAAUCACUUUUCAUGUCUUAUUGUUAGAAUGGAAAAGUUGAGUUAAUCUUGGAAAAGUUUGGCUCUUUCUCAAGCGGGCAAAUAGACUCUUCUGAAGGCUGUGUACCAGAGCUACCCUACCUAUUUGAUGCCAUUCUUCCUCAUCCCUAAGGGGGACAACAAAAUUAUGGAUUCUAGAUUGAGAGCCUUUUUCUACGACAGAAAUAUGGACAAAGGCACAAUCCACUGGAGGAAGGGAAGCGUUCUUACGACACCAAAACAAGAAGGAGGAAUGGGAUUCAAGAAAUUCAACCAAUUCAAUUUGACCCUUCUUGCUAAACAAGGAUGGAGAAUCCCUAACGGGGAGAACAAAAUUUGGGUUGGUCUCUUUAAAGGCCUUUAUUUCCCUCACUCGGAGUUCUUGGAUGCAGGUAAAGGGAGGAACCCCUCUUGGAUUUGGUCAAAAAUCUGCGAAGCUAAGGAAAUCCUUAAACUUGGGGCAAGGAAAUGUUGGGUGAGAAAGUUUGUCAUUAGCAGGAUUACUUUGAAGUAUUUGCAGGAUACGAACAAGUGUUAUGAUCUUAAGUCCUAGUGCAUGCUAUCACCUGAAAACUUGUAUCUAAGAUCUCACAUUAUGUUGAAUUAGUAAAUGAAUCCAAGUGAUUGUGCUUUAUUUUUAAGCGGAAACCUCGUGAGGCAGUACAGUUGGUUCAAGCUUGAAAAGGUGUUAAGUGAAGCAUAGCAAACAAAGAAUGGAGUGUUUUGAUCAAUGCAAACCAUAAGUAUCUCGAGUAUUAAUAAAGCGUUGUAAUCACU